AUGCAAUCAUUCGCCGCUAAGCUCCUUUCUCUGGUCCUGGUGUGGACGGCUCUUGUCCUUGUCGUGUCUCCCGCACAAGCCUACCCCACCCUCGACGAACGUGGCCAAUCUUACAUCCAGAGGUCAUCCACUCCAUGGAGUACGCUCGACAAGCGCGGCAAGAGAGCCACUGCCUGCAACUGCAAAGUCACGGUAGGCGGUAAAUUGCAAGGAUCCAGCUACAUUGCGCCGGUGGUCCAAAAGGCCCUAGAUCGAGGGAUCGAGCUCGGCAAGAAGAAGCAGUCCGCUGGAGCCAAUGAUUACCCUCACCCGUACAACAACAAAGGGACGGGAUUGAUGGAAUUCCCGCUUCUCAACAAAGGAGGGGCCAGCCGCGCGCCGGAAGCCGACAGAGUCGUAUAUGAUUCUAAAGAGAAUUUCUGCGGCUGUAUGACACACCUCGGCGUUCAGGGCAAUGGGUUCCAGCUUUGCAAGAGUUGA